GAAAACUCCAUACGAAUCUCAGUGCUCUCCAAAUUAUAGUUUCUUUCUUUGAAGAAAUUUGUUAUAGUGUCAUCACACAUGCAUAUAUAAAUAUAGGAAGCCCAGAGCCCAAGGAAGUACACAAAGACAAAGAAGAGAGGGAGAGAGAGAGAGAGAGAGAGACGUCCGGCCGAGACCUCUCUCUGAGCUAAUAGUUAGUUCACUACUGAUCUCUCAGUGAUCUCUUCUGAUAUAAUUGUUUAUAGUUUAGUUGUCUUGUGAUUAAAGUAGCUAGGUGGGGGUGGUGAUAAUCAUCAAUUGAUGGAUCAUCAAUCUGAAGAUGUUCUAUCAGCUCCUUCAACACCUAUGACACCAGGCACUCCUGGGGCUCCUCUCUACGGUGGGUUCAAGCAACAACCUAGUUCCAAUAAUCUUCUUAAUCCCAGGAAACCAUCCCUUCUCAACAGCUGCAAGUGUUUCACUGUUGAAGCUUGGUCCAUGGAAGAAGGUGCCUUGCCUUCUGUCUCCUGUGCAUUGCCUUCUCCUCCUGUUUCUCUUGCAAGAAAGGUGGGGGCAGAGUUCGUAGGCACCCUCAUCUUGAUAUUUGCAGCCACAGCCACAGCCAUUGUGAACCAGAAGACGCAGGGCUCUGAAACCCUUAUAGGCCUUGCCGCCUCCACCGGCCUCGCCGCCAUGACCGUCAUCCUCUCCACCGGCCACAUCUCCGGCGCUCACCUCAACCCCGCCGUCACCAUUGCCUUUGCCGCCCUCAAACACUUCCCAUGGAAACACGUGCCAGCCUACAUUGGAGCGCAAGUGGUGGCAUCUCUAUGCGCAGCAUUUGCGCUGGAGGGAAUCUUCCACCCGAUAAUGGGUGGUGGAGUGACAGUCCCGGCGGGCGGCCACCUGCAGGCGUUUGCUUUGGAGUUCAUCAUCAGCUUCAACCUCAUGUUCGUUGUCACUGCUGUGGCCACCGACACCAGAGCUGUGGGAGAACUGGCAGGAAUUGCAGUGGGAGCAACUGUCAUGCUCAACAUACUCAUCGCGGGGGAGACCACGGGAGCUUCGAUGAACCCUGUGAGAACUCUGGGACCAGCCGUAGCUGCAAACAACUUCGAAGCCAUAUGGGUCUACCUCACUGCUCCCAUCCUCGGGGCACUGGCAGGGGCUGGUGUUUAUACCGCCGUGAAGCUGCCUGAGGAAGACAGCAACAGUCAUGACAAGCCCUCAAGUUCACUCAGUUUCAGAAGAUGAUCAGUUCGCAACAUCAUCGAUUCUGCAUUAAUAAGUUCAGAUGUCCGGUUAAGAUAUGAAAAUGUGAAUGAAUAAAGUACAAGUCAACAAGGGCAGAGGCAAAUCCAGAAUGGAGGUCAGUGUAGAUGCAUAUAGUAUAAGAAUAAAACUAAAAACAUGUCACCUUUGUAUUUAUCAAACAUACAUAUCAUGGUUGAGGUUUAAAUGCUUGAGGGGAUGAAAAUAGAAAAGAAAAAAGAAAAAACUAAUAUGAAGAUUGGUGGUUAGUCACAGCCUGGGAGCAGAUUUCAGAACUGGAUGAAAUUAGUCAGUGUUGGAUCAUAUCGGGGAUCUUAAUGUAGAAUAUUUUUAUUUAUUUCCUUUCUGUGGUCAUGUAACAUAUCCUGUACUAUGUGAUGAAUUAGUGAACGGGUCACCUAUUUACAAUGAAUGUAGCUGCAGUUUCCUCC